AUGAUUGUGGACUCAGGCUGCAGCACCUGUAGCUCACUGACUCACCAUGCACGCCGGUUCGACUUGGCGCCUAGUGGCCCCUGCGACUGCCAUGUGCAGGAUAUCGCAUGUCUUGGCUGCGGUAAUGUUGUAGGCUACUAUAUACAUCGCCCAUGCUUCCGCUGCCUU